GGCCCGUGGGCGCCCGAGGGUCUCGGGCGUUUCGCUCCUGCGGCGACCGCGGCAGCUGCUUCUCCCUCUGUCCUGUUGGGUCACGGCCCGGCCCGGGAGCCCAGCGGAGAAUGGGCAGGUGCUGCUUCUACGCGGUGGGGACGCUGUCCUUGCUGCUGCUUGUGACCAGCGUCACGUUGCUGGUGGCCCGGGUCUUCCAGAAGGCCGUCGACCAGACGAUCGAGAAGAAUAUUGUGCUAAGGAAUGGUUCUGAGACCUUUGACUCCUGGAAGAAGCCGCCCCUGCCAGUGUAUUCCCAGUUCUAUUUCUUCAAUGUCACCAAUCCAGCGGAGAUCCUCAGAGGAGAGAUCCCGCGAUUAGAAGAAGUGGGGCCGUACACCUACAGGGAAAUUAGAAGCAAAGCAGACAUUCAAUUUGGAGACAAUGGAACAACAGUAUCUGCUGCCAGCAACAAGACCUAUGUUUUCCUACGAGACCAAUCUGUCGGAGACCCUCAAAUUGACUCAAUUAGAACAUUAAAUAUUCCUGCAGUGAUCGCCAUGGAGUGGGCCCAGCAAAACUUCCUCCGGGUGAUCAUCCGGGCCCUGUUAAAGGCCUACCAGCAGGAGUUAUUCGUGAUGCACACAGUGGACGAUUUGCUCUGGGGCUACAAAGAUGAGAUUCUGUCUCUCAUCCACCCUUUCAGACCCGAUAUCUCUCCUUAUUUUGGUUUGUACUAUGGGAAAAAUGGGACUAAUGAUGGAGACUAUGUUUUUCUAACUGGAGAAGACAAUUACCUUAACUUUUCAAAGAUUGUGGAAUGGAAUGGAAAAACGUCACUUGACUGGUGGACAACAGACAAGUGCAAUAUGAUUAAUGGAACAGACGGAGAUACUUUUCACCCAUUAAUAACCAAAGACGAAGUCCUUUAUAUCUUUCCAUCUGAUUUUUGCAGGUCAUUGUAUAUAACUUUCAGUGACUUUGAGAGCGUACAGGGACUGCCUGCCUUUCGGUAUAGGGUACCUGAAGAAAUAUUAGCCAAUACCUCAGACAACGCCGGCUUCUGUAUACCUAAAGGAAACUGCCUGGGCUCAGGAGUUCUGAAUGUCAGUGUCUGCAAGAAUGGUGCACCUAUUAUUUUAUCUUUCCCACACUUCUACCAAGCAGAUGAAAGGUUUAUUUCUGCCAUAGAAGGCAUGCAUCCAAAUAAGGAAUAUCAUGAAACGUUCGUGGAUGUUAAUCCCUUGACUGGAAUUAUCCUAAGAGCAGCAAAGAGGUUCCAAAUCAACAUUUAUGUCGAAAAAAUAGAUGACUUCAUUGAAACGGGAAAUGUCAGAACCAUGGUUUUCCCAGUGAUGUAUGUCAAUGAGAGUGUUCUCAUUGAUAAAGAGACUGCAAGUCGACUGAAGUCUGUGGUUGACACUACCUUGAUCGUCACCAGCAUACCCUACAUCAUCAUGGCGCUGGGUGUGUUCUUUGGUUUGGUCUUCACUUGGCUCGCGUGCCGAGGACAGGGAUCCGGGGAUGAGUCACAGGGAACUGCAGAUGAAAGAGCACCCCUCAUACGAACCUAACCAUGGCCUGAGCUUGGUGAAGGAACUGUGUUGAGCUGUGCUGACCUGGACUGUCACGUGGGGAAACUGUCCGUGUCCUCACAGGCUUGUUGCCCGUUAUGAGAGGAGGGAGAAGACCCAGAGCUGCAAGUGAUGAGGACAUUCUGGCCGGAGAUUAAAUAACAGGUUGACAUGUUGGCGAGUGGGCUUCAUAAAGUUGGCCUGUAGUCCCUGACAAAUUGUUUUGUUUUUCAUAUGUUUAGCAAGUAUUUAAUAAACUCUUGUAUGGUAAUUUUUUUGUUGUUGAGUGCUGGUAGCUCCAGAAUUUUGUGACCACUGUUGUGGUUUAAUGUCUCAGUAUCAUUUGUUAAUUCUAUUUGGUCUAACCUAUUGGGUAGGCUUCAUUCACCAGACUUUGUACUCAAAAUACAUAAACACCAUUUUAUGUUGUAUUCCUUCAUUCAUUUCACCCCCAAACCAGAAGUAAAUAAGAAUUCAGAACCCAGGGUAAAAUGGAAGCCUCAUUCGGUACAUCAUUCAAAUGUAUCUAAUUUCCUCUUUUAAAAAGUUAGAUAUUGCAUUUCAUGCUGGUCAUCAGUUCCUAAUUCCUCUAGGAAAAUAAUUUCGUCUUCCAACUACUUUCAUACUAGAUAGGAAUGAAGUAGGGAGUGGGUUGGUGGGCUAAGGUACUGAUGAGUUAAUAGCGAUAAGCACCUAAGGAUUUUCUACUUGUAAUUUUGUGAAUUGAAAGAAUGCAUAGAUAAUGUUGGUGAGCACAUGUACAGAUAUUUCAUGUAGAGUAGAACUAAGUGCUAGUUCUGAGAUUGGAUAGUUUAUGUUUUUGGUUGAAAUGAUUUUGAUGUGGAAAAGUGCUCCUGGGAGAAUAUAAUCAAUAACUGAUCCCCUCGACACACACACACACACACACACACAAUCACCCAUGCCAAAUAUGAUACUGUAUUAAUUAUAAUACUAUUGUGAUUAUUUGUGAAAUAAUUUAUAAGUAUAGGAAAUCCAUCAAUCCACAACUUAAGUUGCAUGUAAGUUUCAGAAGUCCGAUUAUACUAAGGAGACAUUUUUUCUAGGGCAUCUUUUUGGUAACUUUGAAAUUGUUUUUAUAAGUUGUUCUUUCCUCAGAUUCAGUUCCUUUCGAUGUUUUAUGGCUCACUGUCACUCACAGAAUAGAGAAAAAUGUGCCCUACGCUUCCUGUGACACUUAUCUUACUGACAGAAUUACAGUGGUUUAAAAUAUUGCACAGAAUGUGCUUUCAAGAAAGGUCCACUGGGACAAGUGGGGCCACCUCUCUCCAGAAAACCUCUUGGCUUUCAGUGUAACCUAAGUCAAGGGACUGGGAACUAUCAUAUGCCACAGAAUUCAAGCAUAUUUAAAGGCUUUAUUUUUAUUAUUAUUAUUCUCAAAGUUCAAUAUUCAUUUUCGAUUGAGAAACCUAUACAAUUAUCUGGCAAAGUGCACAUAGAAUUUAUUAACAACUGAAUAAUUCUACAGGACUUUUUAUUUAAAACUGGAUUUCAGUGUAAACUAAUGAAAAAAAGCCAUGGAUUUUACAAAUACAGCUUCUGAUCUCAGAGGGUAAUAAAUCACUUUAGUUUACUUGCCCCAGUUUUCUCUCCCUUGUGAUAUGUUUUCCUUCUUGAAGGGGCAAUGCUUUAAAUUUUCAACAUCUCUAUAAAUUAAGAUAGAACCUAUAGAUACUCCAAAUCACAAAAAUGUGAAAAAUUAAGUUGAAAAUACUUUGUCUUCAAUAAGCCAAAUAUCUAGAUUUUUUAAUAUUUAACUAGAUAAUUGGCAUAUCUUAUUCUUUUAUUUAUCCACUUAUCUACACUAAUAAAACUGAGAAACCAGAGCAUAGUCAUUGCUUCAUUCUAUUAUCAGAAUAUAAUCAUCUGUGAGGAGGAAAUUUUUAAAUACUAUGAAUGAUAACGGUUAAUGAUACACCUUUAGACUGAAUUCCACAGAGGCAGGGAGACCAAAAACAUUAUUUCCAUAUGAUACUUAAUAGUUAACUUGGCUUAAAGUCACAUUUGAUAUUUUCCUUCUGAGAAGUCUGUGGCAAACCAAUAAAUUGCAGUCAAGAGUAUAGAUUCAUUAAGAAUGGAUUUAGGUUGAAAAUAAACUAUUUCUCAUGUUCGCUCUCUUGGAGCCAUCAUCCUGGAAAAACCCCUCAAAGUCUUUGUGAUUGUCACAAUCACAGAGCACUGGUGCCCUGUACUAUGAUACUCAAAUUAGGGAGAAACGAAACAGAGAGAGGUUACCUCACUUCUCUCAGGGAAAAUUGGGAGUUGAACGCAGAACAGGAAGUGGGCUUUGCCACUUUUAGCUGUAGGCUUUUUCCACUAGGCUUUAUUUCCUUCCUUAAGUUCUGGAAAAAUCACUAAUAGUCAAGUGGAGCAAGUACUAUACAACUAACCCCUAUCGGGGUUUUACUUAAGGGAGACUAAUUUUUUUAUUUAAAUUGCUGAAGGUAUGAGUUCUGCAGAAGAUGACCUUUCUACUUGGCCCUCUGGGCACUAUUACUGUACUGUAGUUAAUUGCAUGUGGCUAUUAAAGAGAAUACUGACCAUGUAGUUUGUACACUUGGUUCAUUUCAUGUUAUCCUUGAAAUGUUUAUUUCUGUCCUUAAUGCAAUAUCUUUCACUAAUAAAAAAACUUUAUAUGAAA